AUGAAGAAAUCACUCACCCCACCGACUGGUACCCUCUACCACAAGUUGAAGCGGUUCAACAUUUAUGACGAGGAGGUCAUAGCUUCGAAAUUCACCUUAACUUGGCAGGCGGAGAUCCACGUAUAUGUUACUGGCGGUAUCAAGCCUGACGACGAGGAUUUCGAGGCCAAAGGCGGGGCUAUACAUGUUGUCGUCUGCCAUACUGGAAGUCUUGCCGUCGCUAAGAACCAAACUGGCGAUUUGACCUUCAGCUGCGGGAUAGAUGAUGUGGAUAGUUUUCCUUACGUGCAUCUACCGUUAACAGACGCCACCCGCACUACAGGCGAUCCAAAAGCCAGUUCAUAUGCAUUCGACUUCAAGCAGACCUUCCAGAUGCUCAAGGGUAACGAUCCUCUAUCAUAUGUCGCGCAGUACUCCGACGACUUCACCUUGGGCUAUUAUACGGAAUAUCACACCAACCUAGACGUUGCAGCAUUAAAGGCGACGUUCAGGCUGUACCAGAGGGGGACAAAUGCCGGCAGUGUUACGGAUCACAACGUCCAUGGCGUGUCCGGCUUCCGUUUGACGAAACGGCGGAAACAGAUCACAAUGUGGUUUUGCAUAGAGCAGAAAGGCGAAAUCAAGAGCGUCACUAUCGACCUAGGCUUCUGA